AUGGAGCAUUCGAUGCCGGUGGAUCAGGGAACCCGAAACCUUGUCAGCGAAGAGACCCAGAACACAUCUCACCAGUGUCAGGAGGUGGAAAAAUGUCAUCACCCUCCCUUCCCGAAGCCUUCUCCUCAGAUUCUCUUGCUUACGACGUCUCGGGAUUUACCGCCUUACCUCCCUCUGUUCGUCGGGAUGUAUGCCGCGACACCUCUGUUGAACCUCACCUGCAGAAACUUUUACCGGUGCAAGCUUCGACCGCAGCAAGAGGUGGCUCAACGGGAAUUUGUCCAGCUUGUCCUGAACGCGCUGGCCGUAUCUAAAGCCUGGUAUGAUCUGGACCCCGAGGAGCUCGAAGCAUUCGAGAAAAGUCGAUACUCGCGGACGGAAGUCGAGUCCUUGGCGCUUCAACUCGAAGGCUCGUUGCACGAAAUGAUGGUUCGCCUCGACGAUUUCUUCUUCUUUGGGGCUUUGACAAGAUACCCCCAUAACCCAACUGACACUAACGUUCCCAGGUACUCGCACGUAGAGCUGCUAACAGGCUUUGGUGAUUUGAAAGGCAAGGGCGAGGGCAACAGUCUCGCAGAUUCAACGCCUGUUUUCGAGGUCGGCAGGUGGUUUGCGAAGAUUCGACUCUUUCCCAAAACAACUGUGAACAAGAAUCUGAUCAGCAAGGUCGAGCGCAUUUCGUUUGAAGAAAUCGUCGCGUCUCUGAUUCAUGAGAUGCAAAUCGAUCCAGACGCAGAAUUUGUGGACGAUGAGGACGAUGGCGAUUAUGACGACGAUGAGGAAUAUGAGAACGAUGGGGAUGAUGAUAUGAGCGAUUUGUAGGUCACAGAUGGGUAGGGCUCAGUCUGGCUCCGUCAGUAUUAGUGCGUUUGUAAACGGGGUUGGUAGGUGCGAACUUGGCAUUGGGAGGGAAAUGGAUGUUUCUGGUUCUUUGGUUUGCUUUGAUUCUUUUGACUUCAGAUAGAUGAAGUACGUUGUUUUCUUCCGGUAGGUUUCGGGGUGAUUCAAGAUCAUGGUCGCAUUGUUCCUUUAUUCUGUCACCGUAUAAGUUGCUCUUUGGACCACAGACCUUUGGAGUUCGAUGGGGUCUUCUUCUCCUCGUUUGAUGUCAUCGUUCAACCUCUCUUGGCGGGUAUUAUC